AUGACGAUCGAUGACCAAGUCGCGCAUUGCUCGACCGGGCUCGAGUGCUCCACGACGACAAUUCGCUACGGUCUGCUCUCCGGCGGAGGGCUUGACGACUACAUCUCGUCGUCGCUCGGCCACAACCUCGAUUACGCCCAGCCCAAGCUCUACUUUCAGCGCAUGGUCUACGACAUGGCCUUCUACGUCAUCGUCAUCACGCUCUUCCUCAACAUGAUCCAAGGUAUCAUCAUCGACGCCUUUACGUCCGUGCGCGAAGCGUCCGAGCAAAAGGCCGCCAUGAAGCGCGACCGCUGCCUCGUGUGCAACCGGUCGCGCAACGCGAUCGAAGUCGCGGGCAUGGAGAAGGGCCUCCUCAACAACUUUGGCCGCCACACAGAGACCGAGCACAACCUUUACCACUACUUUUUCUACAUCCAGUACGUUCUCGGCAAGGACGACAAGGAGCGCAACGGCAUCGAAUCGUACGUCUACGAAAAGCUCAAGACAAGCGACAUGUCGUGGAUCCCGCGCGUCUAA